AAUUUUUAAGGAUCUAUGUCUUGUCUUAAAAACUUGUAAUUAAGAUCGGGAAAAAGUUAAUUGCAUGGGAUCAAUCGAACAUAUAAAAUACCCAUUGGAAACCUCUUCUCUUCCAAAAUGGCUUCAUUUCUCUACCUCUUCCUUCUCCUCUUCAUUUCUACUCUUCCGCCGUCCAUGGCGGCCCUCACCGGCGAGACGUCUUUUGUUUACGGUGGCUGUUCUCAGUCAAAAUACACACCCGGGUCAACCAUUGAGUCAAAUAUCAACUCCCUCCUCACUUCCCUCCUCACCUCCUCCUCCUUCACACUCUACACUAACUUCACCGUCGCCGGCGCCGGCGACGGCGACACUGUAUACGGUCUAUUCCAGUGUCGUGGCGAUCUCAAAAACGUGGCAUGUGGCAAGUGUGUGACUCAUGCUGUGGCUCAACUUGGGUCUAUCUGCCUGGACGCGUGCGGUGGCGCGUUGCAGCUGGAGGGGUGUUUUGUGAAGUACGACAAUGUUAGCUUUUUGGGAGUGGAGGACAAGAGUAUGGUGGUGAAGAAGUGUGGGGCGGUGAUGGGGUAUGAUUCCGGUGGGUUGGCUAGAAGGGAUGCGGUUUUGGCGUAUUUGGCGGCGGCUGAUGGCGGCGGUGGGUAUCAGCCGUUUAGAGUUGGUGGGUCCGGAGAUGUUCAAGGAUUGGCGCAGUGCGUUGGGGAUUUGGAUGCGGUGGAGUGCCAGGAUUGUGUUGCGACGGCGGUGGGCCGGCUUAAGGCGGACUGUGCGGCGGCCGGGUGGGGUGAUAUGUUCUUGGGGAAGUGCUAUGCUCGAUUCUCCCAUGGCAAUGUCCGCCCCCGCGCUGGCGGCGGUGGAAAUGAUAAUCGAAACGAUGACGUUGAGAUAGAGAAGACUAUUGCAGUAAUAAUUGGACUCAUUGCUGGAAUUGCCUUCAUCGUUGUCUUCCUCGCUUUCCUAAGCCAUUAUUGUGACAAACAAAGAGGUGGCAAAUGAAGUGAAUUUUGAAAUG